AUUCACAGGUGGAGGAUGCGCACUCUGGAGCCACGGAGACCUCGGUUCGAAGCUCAUCUCUGCUUCACACGGUGUAUGUCCUUGUGUUCGAGACAUAACCUUUCCGAACCUGAGCUUCUUCAACGCUCCUUUUCGGGGGCUGUUUUGAGGAUAGAGUGGGAUGAGCAAGGCAUUUCCAUCAACCAGUUUUGCAAGGAGUUCAACGAGAAGACAAAGGACAUCAAAGAAGGCAUUCCUCUGCCUACCAAGAUUUUUGUGAAGCCUGACAGGACAUUUGAAAUCAAGAUAGGACAACCCACUGUUUCCUACUUCCUGAAGGCAGCUGCUGGGAUUGAGAAGGGGGCCCGGCACACAGGGAAAGAGGUGGCAGGGCUGCUGACCUUGAAGCACGUGUAUGAGAUUGCCCGCGUCAAAGCUCAGGAUGAUGCCUUCGCCCUACAGGACGUACCUCUGUCUUCUGUUGUCCGCUCCAUCAUUGGCUCUGCCCGUUCCCUGGGCAUCCAGGUGGUGAAGGACCUCAGUUCAGAGGAGCUGGCAGCUUUCCAGAAAGAGCGAGCCGUGUUCCUGGCUGCUCAGAAAGAGGCAGAUUUGGCAGCCAAGGAAGAAGCUGCCAAGAAGUGACCCCUGUCCCCUGUCUCCGCGGGUUUGGAAGGGGGCCACUGGGCAGGGUGCCGACUGGGAAGGCUGUGCCAAAGGGCAGGAGAGAGGGAGGUCACGCCAAGCCUGACUGCUGUUUCCCUGACUUUAUAUAUUUCUACACAUAUGGGAGGAUCAAGGGAUCCAGCCUGAAUAAACGAUCUUUGUCACCCA